AUGUCAGAAGAGCAUUUCCUCACCGUCCCACCGGCCCCAAGUGAUGAAAUUCGCUUCGAGAUCUAUUACGGAGUUUCCUCACCUUGGGCAUUACUAGGUGCACCAGAAGCACAGCGCAUAGCGGAGAAAUAUGGCGUGACGAUACAUUUGAAGCCUAUCGUAGUCGUGGAAGAGAAUGGUGGGAUACGACUCAAGACUCGUCAUCCCGCUCGACAAGCAUAUCAUGCUCUAGACCUCCAUCGAACCGCCAAACACUUGAACGUGCCUAUGAAAGCUUCUCCAAAGUAUUACCCUCAGCCAGCAGGUACCAUCGAAAUCGCCGGACAAGCCAUCAUACGCAUUCAGCAGAAGUUUGGUAUAGGAUCGAAGGAAGCUUUGAAGUUCAGUUAUGAGAUUCAGAGAUGUAUAUGGAUAACGGAACAGGGGGAUCAUUCAAAAGUCGAGACUCUCCAGCAGAUCGCCAGACAAUGUGGCUUCGACGAGCAGACGAUAGAUGAGUGUGUGGUAGAUAAGAGAGGGCAGGAGGGGGAUGAUGGUGUCAAAGAGUGGAGGAGGAAUCAUGAGGAGGCUGUCAAGCUGGGUAUAUUCGGAACACCAAAUUACGUAGUGAACGGAGAGAUAUUCUGGGGUCAGGAUAGGUUGAACUUCGUAGAGAUGAGGAUAAAAGAAUUGAUAGAAGCUGGCGCCAAGCCUAUCAAGUAUUGA